CCUCUCGACGUCCGUUCUGUGCGGCAUCCUUGCGCUGCCCCUUUUUGUACUUUCACGUCGAAACGUUCGUUCCACAUAAGUUUGGCUUGAACCUGUGACGAUCUCUCGCGUCUUUGCACAUAUUCCACAGGAGACCGUUUUGCGAGAUCCCAUUGAGAUUUUAUCAUCGUCGGAGACGUCUCUUCAGUUUCUCAUGGCAGCGCCACAGGGGGACUAUCCUCCCCAAGAGGGAUACGGCCAACAGUACGAUUACGGCUCCCCGUCCUCUCCUGUUCAACAGCCCGCCGGACUCGCUCCUGGCGCCACUUCGCAUAGUCACGCUGGAGGCAGAAAGAAGCGAGCUUAUGCUGGUGAAGCGUUCGAGUUUGGGCACGGUGCCAAUGCCGCCAUAGGUGGACAGCCAUUAGCUGGGGGCAGCUAUGGAACACCGUCCCAACCGCAACCUCUGGGCUACCAACAGCCCGUGUACGGAGCUGAACCAAGUCAGGUACAGCCCGCAGUACCUGGAUAUGCCCCCCCGACUGCUCCAGGAGUUGCGCAGAUAACCCAACAAUUUGGCGCCAUGGGUGUGGCCGACGUCAAUCAGCCCGCACAGGCUCCGCGAAGCUCUGUACCCCUCAACCAGCUCUAUCCAACUGAUCUCAUUUCCCAGCCAUUCAAUGUUGCAGAACUUGACUAUCCUCCUCCUCCCAUCGUUCUGCCACCGAAUACAAGCGUUUUCCCAUCGCAUUAUGCGAACUGCCCCCCGAAAUACGUACGAUCGACCCUUAAUGCUGUUCCUACAACGCACUCUCUUUUGAAGAAGUCGAAGCUGCCCUUUGCUCUUGUUAUCCAGCCUUUUGGUGCUUUGCAUGACUCUGAAGAUCCUAUCCCGGUCAUCCCAGACCAGGUUAUCUCACGAUGCAGACGUUGCCGGACCUACAUUAAUCCAUUCGUUAUCUUCCUUGAUCAUGGCCACCGCUGGCGUUGUAACAUGUGCAACCUUACCAAUGACGUGCCUCAGGCGUUUGACUGGGAUAGUACCCUGCAAAAACCGGCGGACAGGUCAUUGCGGCCCGACCUCAACCAUGCCGUGGUCGAAUUUGUUGCGCCUCAGGAGUACAUGGUCCGACCUCCUCAACCCUUAGUGUAUCUCUUCCUGAUCGAUGUGAGCUACGCCUCGGUGACCAAUGGGCUCUUGGCCACAAGUGCACGGUGUAUCAAAGAGAGCCUGGAUCGGAUUCCUAAUGCGGAUCGACGGACACGCCUUGGCUUCAUAGCGGUGGACUCUAGCCUUCACUACUUUUCUAUUCCCAGGGACGGUUCAGAAAGCCUCGACCCGAAGAUGCUUGUUGUCAGCGACCUUGAUGAGCCUUUCUUGCCCAUUCCGGGUGAACUUCUAGUCACUUUGAGUGAAUGUCGGGAAAGCAUCGAGACGUUCCUUGACAAGUUACAAGACAUGUUCCAGAAUACACAGAAUACUGGCUGUGCGAUGGGAUCUGCUCUGCGUGCCGGCUACAAAUUAAUUGCCCCGAUUGGCGGAAAGCUCACUGUUCUCAGCUCCUCUCUACCUAACAUCGGCCAUGGCUCUCUCUCGAUGAGGGAAGACAAGAAAGUUCUGGGUACCAGCAAAGAAAGCAGCCUUCUGCAAACCGCCAACAGCUUCUACAAAAGUUUCGCUGUUGAAUGUUCCAAGGCCCAGGUUUCCGUGGACAUGUUCUUGUUCUCGUCUCAGUACCAAGACGUGGCAUCUUUAAGUAACCUUCCGAGAUACACUGGUGGCCAGACGUACUUCUACCCUGGAUGGAACGCCGCCCGCAGCGAAGAUGCGAUCAAGUUCGCACGCGAAUUCUCCGAAUACUUGUCUUCGGAAAUUGGAUUGGAAGCCGUCCUCCGUGUUCGUGCGACAACUGGUUUACGUAUGAAUACCUUCUACGGCAACUUCUUCAACCGUAGUUCCGACCUUUGUGCCUUCCCGGCGUUCCCUCGUGACCAGGCAUACGUUGUUGAAGUUGCCAUCGAUGAAACCGUGGCGAAACCGGUUAUCUGCUUGCAGACAGCUGUUCUUCAUACCACAUGCAACGGCGAGAGGAGGAUCCGAGUCUUGACUUUGGCGCUCCCAACAACGCAGAGCCUUGCCGAUGUGUAUGCAUCAGCAGACCAACAAGCUAUUGCUACCUUUUUUACUCACAAAGCCGUCGAGCGGACGCUCGGGGGAAGUUUAGAAUCCGCUCGCGACGCACUGCAGGCCAAGGCUGUAGAACUCUUGUCCACAUAUCGGAAGGAACUUGCAGGUGGAAGCGUCAGCGGUGGUGGUCUCCAAUUCCCGGCUAAUCUGAGAGCAUUACCUGUCCUUUUCUUAGCGUUGACUAAAAAUAUUGGUCUCCGGAAGUCCGCACAGAUCCCAAGUGACAUGCGGUCUGCGGCCCUUUGCUUGCUCUCGACUCUCCCCCUCCCUCUUUUGAUCCAAUACAUCUACCCGAAGAUGUAUUCUCUGCACGACAUGCCAGACAAUGCUGGGUUGCCGGAUGAGAAGACGGGCGAGAUUAUCCUCCCGCCACCAGUCAAUCUGUCUUCUGAACGCCUUGUCCCGUACGGGCUGUACCUCAUUGAUGACGGGCAAACGCAGUUUCUCUGGGUUGGGCGGGACGCGGUGCCGCAGCUUAUUCUUGACGUGUUCGGGUUCGCGGACAAGUCACAGCUCCGGGUUGGCAAGCAGAACUUACCUGACCUGGACAACGACUUCAACCAGCGGGUUCGCGCGGUGGUUGAAAAGAGUCGGGAUUGCCGGGCAAAGGGUGUGGGCAGCAUCGUUGUUCCACACCUGUACGUUGUGAAGGAGGACGGAGAGCCGGGUCUGCGGCUUUGGGCACAGACUAUGCUGGUUGAGGACAGGGCUGAUCAGAGUGUCAGUCUCAUGCAAUGGCUGGGUUCAUUGCGGGAAAAGGUCUGAUAUCAAUCCUACCCCUUCUGGUUGAGUUGCUUUUCUUUGAUUUAUUUUAUGUUUUGCUGUUAAAGAAGGCGAAGAACAAGCGAAGUCCCAGGACUGACAUGCUUUGACCCGCCCACAGGUUGUCCAGUAAUGAUUGUUGUUAUAUCCUUGGUAAAAUAUAUGAUACAACAUCACCAAUUCCAGUCAUCUUUUUGUGCUUGAUGUACGUAUGUGCGUGAUGAAACCGUGUAGUCUGUAUUAUCGAGGACGAGUAGAUCUGGGCCUGACUGUACAGCAACAUGCAGCUGCAGGUGUGACUGGGCGUGGCCAUGCAUGCAAUGGCUGGCCACCGCAAAUGAUGCAGGAGGGAAUCGUGAAACUGACUGUUGUGUUUUCUGUCUGAGAAUCCACUGAAUGGGCCAGGGCGCCUUGUCAUUGAUCCAGCAGCCGCUGCGGCCAAGUGUGACGGGAUGCGACUCUCGAUCCAGCCGUUUCCUCGAGGGAAUUAAUAUUA